GGCUGCGACCCAUUGGCCCAGACGCAGAGGAGCAAGUUGCAGCAUCGCCGGGCGCGAAUUAACCAGCAGAUCAACAAGGAGAUGAGGAUGCGUGCGGGCGCAGAAAACCUGUUCAGUGACUCCAUCAGUGUUCCCAUGAUCCCCCUGGGGCUGAAGGAGACCAAGGAACUGGAUCUAGCAGGACCCUUGCAGGAGAUGAUCCGGGACCACUAUGGCGAGGACGGUGCCUUGUACGAGGCUGAGAUCAAAGAGUUUGUGGAGCUGCGGCAAGCCAUGCGAACACCUAGCCGAAAUGAGGCAGGCCUGGAGCUGCUCAGGGAAUACUACAGUCAACUUUACUUCCUGGACAACCGUUUCUUCCCCCCCAAUAAGAACUUGGGGGUCUUCUUUCACUGGUAUGACUCGCUGACCGGGGUCCCUUCACACCAGCGAGCGCUGGCCUUCGAGAAGGGGAGCGUCCUCUUCAACAUCGGAGCACUGCACACCCAGAUUGGAGCACGGCAGGAUCGUACCACCUUGCAGGGCGUGGACUGCGCCAUCGAUGCGUUCCAGAAGGCAGCUGGAGCCUUCAACUACCUGAAGGAGAACUUCUCCAACGCUCCCAGCCUGGACAUGAGCGCCCCGUCCUUGAACAUGCUGGUGCACCUGAUGAUCGCGCAAGUGCAGGAGUGCGUCUUUGAGAAGGCCCUCCUCCUCCGGGCCCAGAGCGACUUCCUCACCUGCCUGCAGCUGGCGCAGGAAGCUGCCAGGGUGGACGAGGUGUACUCUCUGGUGUAUCAGACCACGACCCAGCCCCACAUGAAGGACUACGUCCCGUUCUCAUGGACCACCAUGGUGCACGUCAAGGCGGAGCACUUCAAGGCCCUCUCCCACUACUACGCUACCAUCGCCCUUUGCGACUGCCCACCUGCGUCCGAAGUGGAUCUCCCAGACCACGAGAAAGCGUUCCUCCAGUUCCACGUCAGCGAGCCGGAGGGGCCGGCCCCCUGCCAGCUUUUACAAGACCCAGAGGAGCGAAGGAAACUGGGGAAGGCGCACCUGAAGAAGGCCAUCAUGAGGCACGAGGAGGCCAUGCGGCUGCACGGCCUGUGCAAGAUCCUGCGGAAGAUGGACAUCCUCCAGGAGGUGCUCUGCUUCGCCCACAAGCGCUCCCUCAGCAAGUACGCGGAGAUCGACCACGAGGAAGACUUCUUCGAGACCGUGGAUGCUCCCGAUGUCCACCCCAAAACGCAUCAGAGACCAGAAAUCAAAUCCCCCAACUUCUCCAAGGUGAAGGUGACGGACAUCUUCCAUAGACUGGGUCCUCUUUCCGUGUUCUCUGCCAAGAACAAGUGGCACCCCCCUCGAACAGUUCGCCUGGUCCGAGGCGAAAACGGCUUUGGGUUCACCCUCCGAGGGGAUUCCCCGGUCCUCAUCGCCGGGGUUGUCGCUGGAAGCUGUGCAGCGGUGAGUGGCGGAUCUUGGCCUCGUGAAGGCGCUGGGUCUGGUUUGUUCUUCCUAAAACGAUGCCUGGGCAAGAACCUGGAUCUACAGCAAGAACCCUACAGCUUCUAUCAAACACAGGCGGACAAGAAGUCGUCGGCGAUGUCUUCCGGCGCCGGCAGCCCCCUGAAGGGCAACAAGGAGAACCGGCGGAAGAGCCUGCUGCCGGGGAAGGGGGCCAGCACCCUCCUGGCCUGGGGCCGGCGGAGCAAGCGCAGCACCUUCGGCCGCCCCUUCGCCGCCGUGGGGGACAACGAGCAGGCCCGCUGA